CCCCGCGCCACUCCCAGGUGUCCUCGCAAGGUCGCUUUGCCGAGCGCGAGCGCGCGUAAGGGACAAGCCCGUGCGUCGGGGACGGGCCAUCCUUGUCCCUUGAUACCAGCGGUGACAUGUCGGGGUACACGCCAGACGAGAAAUUGCGGCUGCAGCAGCUGCGAGAGCUGAGGAGGCGAUGGUUGAAGGACCAGGAGCUGAGCCCUCGGGAGCCGGUGCUGCCUCCGCAGAGGGUUUGGCCUGUUCAGGUGUUCUGGAAUAAAUUUUUGCAGAAGCCGUCCCCCUGGAGGCACGCGCUGUUUAAGGUAUACCGACACAGCGUUUUUGCUUUUACUUAUGUACUUAUACCGGCCUGGAUUAUUCAUUAUCAUGUCAAAUAUCAUGUGAACGUAAAACCAUAUGCCUUUGUUGAAGGGAAGCCCAGAAUAUUCCCAGGUGAUACAAUUCUGGAGACUGGAGAAGUAAUUCCACCAAUGAAAGACUUUCCUGAUCAACAUCAUUGAAGAUUACUUAAACAUUUCAAAGAUUUAUGAGCCCAAGUCCUAUAAUACCAUAUUUACUGAGUAAUAUUUUCUGGAAAAGUAACUUUAAUAAAGUAAACUUACAAGUUUA